ACAACCACCUACAACCACCACCAACACUCAACCACCAACUCAAACCAAACAAGUCAUGAUGACUAGCACCAUCCACUCGUCCAGCUCGUUACUAUCCUUACCGAAAGCAAGCAACUCCAAAGUGAUCCCAUCUAACUCAAUCAUCAUCACCUCCUUACCCAAGAUCUUCUUUCAUCCAAGCCUCCAACUCGCUCUUCGUUCACACUUCGAUAGCUAUGGUCACAUCAUCACCUGGAACUUACUGCCAGACCUGGCUAGGAUUCUAGUCAUCUAUUCUCAUUCCGAACCCGCUGUACUCGCUAGAGCCGAAAUGGAUCAUUUUGUCUUCGAGGAAUCCGAAAUCAAAGAACUCUUCCUCUCUCUGUUGGAUCCAAAUGACGAACUUGAUCAUAAAACCACAGAGCUAUUCAAUGACCUCAAAAGAACCGUCAUUCGAGUAUAUUUCGGCCCCAAAAGAUUAAUUCCAAAUUGGAAGCCAAUAGGACAACAUGCAGAAAACGAAGCAACCACAAACCACCCUAGCGAGCGAGCCAAAGAGUCGGAAGGAAGCGAUCGACUCAAACCGCCAAGCCUCGAGAAAAACUUCUUGAUUUCACCCCCGGGUUCGCCGCCGGUAGGAUGGACUCAGAUCACCGAAGACGCGCCGAACCAGAAAGACUUGGCCGACGACUUGUGUCAAAGAUUACGGUUCUUGAGUGUUGGAGACGAGGCUGAUGAAGAGUCCCAAGAAGAAGAACACAAGAUCACCAAACCGGGUUCUCUUGACUCGCAACAACCUGCCAAUCUCGACGAAAUCGUCAUCUUGCACGCCCAACCUGCCCGUCAACUCCCCGCACUCAAGGUCCAACAGAUCCAAGCCUCAAAGCCUUCCCCCGGUAUGGGCAUCCAUCUCGUCAAAGCUACUAUCGAAAGCAUGCUCGCCUCUUCAAGUAACAAGAUCUCCCCGACCCCUAGACCUGAAAUCUUCUAAUUUAUACAUCUAUCCUCCUAUCUAUUUAUUUAUCCUUCACUUGUCUGCUACUUCAAACAAAUCUUACAGCUUUCUUCACCACGAUGUAGUUGAUUGACAAAGCCUAUUUCAAAUGGCGAUUCCUCAUCCUUUUAACUCUCUCUCUCUGCUUUGUGGAUCCUCGAUUAUAAUCUGUUAUUUUUUUGUAUUAAUGAGUUAUGGCCAUUAGGACCAGAAAUUACAAGCCAAAGUCAGAGGACAAUUGGAAUUGUGUAGAUUUAUUUCAAGGACAUUUCCAGGACUUCUUUUUUCUUCUGCAAUCAUUUUGUAAACCUCAUUGAUUACAACAACAAAACAGAUAUCUCCUGUCGUCAGAUCCUUCGCAUUUAUGUAUUUGCACCAACAGUGUCUCGAUGUCGGUUUUUG